AAUUAAAACAAGAUCAAAAUUCAACAUUACCAUCAAUAGAAGAAGAAAUUGAUCAAACGAAAGAAGAUUCAUCACAAAUUAAAUCAAAAAAUACACUGGAUAUAGAACGAUUAAAAAUUGAACAAGGAAAAGAUUCGAUUAUUCAACAAAAAAUUGCAGAAGUUAUGAAUAAUCCAGUAAAAAGUUCUUAUGAAUUCAAAGAUGGUUUAUUAUUUAAGCUAAUGAUUAUGCGUGAAGGUUGUAAUAUGAAGAAAAAAUUAAUUUAUUUACCUUCAUCUAUGAUUAAUGAUCUUUUACAAGUUUAUCAUAGUGACCCUCUUACUGGUCAUUUUGGAGUUCAAAGGACAUAUUUGAAAAUUAAAAAUAAAUAUUGGUGGCCAAACAUGAAACAAUCCAUCACUCAAUACAUACAAUCAUGUUUACCGUGCCAGCAAUAUAAUAUUAGUAGAUCGAAGAUACCUGGUCGUUUACAACCAAUUCCACCUUCUGAAGGACCAUUUCAAUUAGUUGGCAUGGAUUAUUGUGGUCCAUUUAAGCAAACUCCACGUGGUAAUAAAUAUGUAUUAUGUCUUACGGAUUAUUUCACAAGAUGGGUGGUUGCUGCUGCUGUACCUGAUUGCUCAGCUCAAACUACCGCUGAGGCAUUAUUUAAUGAAUUCAUUUGCAAGUACCGGGUACCGGCAGUUAUAUUAUCUGAUCAAGGAACGCACUUCCACAAUCAAUUAAUGGAAGCUAUGUCAAAAUUAGUUGGAUAUAAUCACAUAUAUUCAACCACAUAUCAUCCUCAACCAAAUGGAAUGAUCGAAAGAUUCAACGCGACAUUUGUUCCUCAAAUCGCUAAAUUUGAAAAUAAAGAAGAUAAUAAUUGGAAUGAAUUUCUGUUACCUGUGGUAUUUGCAUACAAUACAGGAACACACUCAACAACUCCAUAUUCACCAUUUCAAUUAUUAUUUGGCAGAGAACCAAGAUUACCUACUGAUGGACAAAUAUCUUCCUUUACAUUUCGUAAACCAAAUGAUUAUUAUGAACAAUUGAAGAAAAGUAUGAAAAUUAUACAUAUGCAUGGUCGUGAAAAUAUUAUUCGAAAACAACAUCAAUAUAAAACUCAAUAUG